GCCGGGUCCUGGCCGCCUUGGUAGCAGGUGCUGGGUUCUCUCUCACUCGCCCGUCAGAGCGUAGCCAGAGGAGGAGAGGGUUGCUCCCCUGGCCAUCUCUGUGACCUCAACCGCCGCAGCUCACACAGCAUCUCUCUUCCGCACGCGGACGAUGGAGGAGCGCAAAGGCGCCGACUCCAGAGAAACGGAAGAGUAUGAAGACGACUUCGAAAAGGACCUGGAGUGGUUGAUUAAUGAAAAGGAAAAGAGUGACGUCGGCAUCCUGGAGAUGGCUUGCGGGGCCGGGGACGAAGGGAGCGUCAGCCCGGAGCCCAGGGAGAACGCACCCGGGGCGGAGCGCAGCACCAACCGGCCCUCGGGCCCUGGCAGAGCCCCGCGGGAUGAGGUGGCCCCCAGGGGCGACUUCAUCUCCGUGCCGAGCAGCCAGCCUUCGGACCCCGUGUCCGACUCAGACAGCGAGAGCUCCCUCCAGGAGUCCAGGCUGGACAGCCAGAGGGACCUGGAGGAGGGCGAGGACGAGGAAGUCAAGAGGUACAUCAUGGAGAAGAUCGUGCAAGCCAACGAGCUGCUCCAGAACCAAGAGCCCGUGAGCCGUCAGCGGGAGCGCAGACUCAAGUUCAAGGACAAACUAGUGGACCUCGAGGUCCCCCCGCUGGAGGACACCGACAACUACAAAUACUAUGUUGAGAGUGAGAGCCACGUGUCUGGGAAACUGGCGCAGCUGCGCAUUUCGGGCGGGCCGGGCCGGGACAGCGUGCUCCUGGCGGUCCCGGGUGCGAGCCACGAGGAAGGCAAGGACCGGAAGGUCCUCGUGGAGAGAGACGGGAAGUUUGAGCUCCUGAAUUUCCAGGACAUCGAGAGUCAGGGGUGUCUGUCCCCCCCCCACAAGGUCAGCGGCACGGAAAACGGCCCCCCGCAGUCGUCAGCCGGCUUGUCCGGCCCGCCUGUCGGUGGCGUGAAGAAGGAGGAGCCCGUGGCAAAGCCCCACAGCCCGUCGGCGGCGGCGGAGCAGCCCUGGGCCUGCAGCCCCCAGCCCCCGCCCCACCCCAGGACCGGUCCGAGCCCCACCGCCAGCUCGGAUUCGAACAAGGGCGGCGGGAAGCCUGGUCACAGGGCCCGGUCUGCAAACAUGUCGCCAGUGACCUCCACGUACUGCCUCUCCCCUCGACAGAAGGAGCUGCAGAAGCGGCUGGAACAAAAGAGGGAGAAGCUGAGGAGAGAGGAGGAGCAGCGGAAAAUGGAGGAGGAGAAAGAGAAGAAAAGGGAGAACGACACGGUGUUCAGGGCGUGGCUGCAGAAGAAAAGAGAGCAGGUCGUGGAGCUGCGGAGGGUCCAGCGCGCCAAGCAGCUGGAGGACAUGAACAGCAGAGGGAGCUCUUCAUGCAUUAACCACGUGGCAGUAAUCACAGUUCGGGACGUGGCCGGGCCGUCCGAUGCUCAGAAGUUAGAAUCCAAGAGAAAGGCUGCAUAACUUAAGUGCUGGAUUGUUGGUUCUCAAACUGUAUUUCAUGGAGCGCCUUCAGCUUGCCGCAAAGACCUCCACUCUACCCAUAGUGCCUUUCUCCAGCCAGUUCAUGUGUGUUGUUGUGCAAAAUUGUUUUCUUUGUCAAAGGGCUCAGCUUUGCAAAGCUUACAGACCACUGCGUUUAGACCAUCUUCGUUUAUUGGUGACGGUCAUCCCUCGGUAUCGGUGUGAGAUUGAUCCCAGGAUCCCUCCACGGGUACCAGAGUCCCUGGAUGCUCGAGCGUCUUAUGUAGGUGGUGUAGUGUUUGCAUGUGACCUGCCCAGUCCUCCCAUCUUCUUUAAGCCAUCUCUAGAUCACCUGUGAUACCUAAUCCAAUGUAAAUGAUGUGUAUGUAGCUGCAAUACUGUAUCGUUUCCUUCCGCCUCUUCUGUGUGCGUACGCACGCAUUUUUUACUGAGGUGACACUGGCUGAUCACAUUAGGCAGUCUCAGGGGUGCAUGGUGCAGUUCCACACCUGUGUGCGCCGAGGCCUGCUCCCCACGCGUCACCACGCCGUCCAUUCCCUCCUUCUGCCCUGUCCCUACUCCCCUCCCCUCCGG